GCCCUUGGGCAUCAAUUGAAAUUUAUAAGGUUCACUCUUCUCUUCUCCUUGACAAAGAGAGCAUCUGUUACAGGAAGCAUUGUUAGAGAAAAAGGAAGAUUUCUUCCAAGUUUUUAGCAUGGCUAGUGGUGAUGCUUUUGCCAAGUGUCUCCUUCAAAGUGAAUCCCUUGUAGAGUACAUCUUGGAAACAAGUGUUUAUCCAAGAGAGCAUGAGCAGCUCAAGGAGAUAAGGCAAGCCACUAUUGACAAAUUUGGCUACAAGAGCGAGAUGUUGGUCCCAGCUGAUGAAGGGCAGUUCUUGUCAAUGCUUUUGAAGAUUAUGAACCCUAAGAAGACGAUCGAGAUCGGAGUUUUCACUGGUUAUUCUCUUCUAACUACUGCCCUUGCAUUGGGAGAUGAUGUCAAGAUAACAGCAAUUGACCCAAGUAGAGAAGCCUAUGAGACUGGAUUGCCAUUCAUUAAAAAGGCUGGUGUGGAACACAAGAUCAACUUUAUGGAAUCAUUGGCAAUGCCAGUUUUAGAUGAGAUGUUGGCUAGUGGUGAAGAAAUGGAGUUCGAGUUUGCAUUUGUUGAUGCAGACAAAUACAAUUACAUCAAAUACCAUGAGAGAUUGAUUAAGCUGGUGAAGAUUGGUGGGGUUAUUGCUUAUGAUAAUACUCUAUGGUUUGGCUCAGUUGCUUAUGAAGAAAAUAAGGGAAUGCCUGAGCGUUUGCUGAUUCAAAGAUCAUCCAUAGUGGAGCUAAACAGUUACUUAGCCUCUGAUUCACGUAUAGAACUUUCACAAAUUUCUAUUGGUGAUGGUGUUACCUUGUGCCGACGCAUUCGUUGAAAAGCUUUAAUGGGGGAGGAGAAGAAGAAGAAGAAAGAGGAACUAAAUAAAUUUAUAAUAAAUAAUGAAAAAUAAAAUAAAUAUGUUUGUGAACCUAUAGAUUGGGAUCUUUUCUUUAGGGUUUUAUCAAGGUCAAGUUGUCUUGUGUUUAAAGACUUUUUUUGUCUCAAUAAGUAAUAAAGUAAGAUUUUCCUGA